AUGUCUAAGGGAAGUGCAGAUACAAAUAGCACAUUCCCCGAAUCCGGGUCUGUACGAAGUAUUUCGAGACGUGGCUCUCCCAUCCACACGGAGUCACACAGACGUGCUUCCAUGGCCAAACUAGCAGCGUCUCCGCUGGCCGGAUCGCCAGCAUGGCAGAGUUUUGUGGCUCCAAAUGCCUUCAAAUCUCCAGCUGCUGGCUCUUAUGCCAGUUCUGUUUCUGGAGACGAUCGAAUGAACGUGUUUGAAGCAGGGUCAUCCACACCUAGGGGCAGAACUACACAGAAACAGGAUAGGGGUUUUGGUAGCACUUUGAACGCCGCGGAGUCAGCAUUGGACUCACGCUCAAAUUCUGACUCUUCUGAUACCAAGUCCAGGGCUCCAAGUGUUUUGUUGGCGAAUAAUGCAUUGGCCGCCUCGCCUCUCGACGAAGCCACUAUAAUCAAGACUCUGAGCAAACAUCUGGCCACGGACUCUCAAACUUCACUAAAGUUACCUGGGGGUGACAUUACCAGAGAUUUGUAUGUUAUUCCACACAGACAACACCGCAGGUCCAGGAGUUUGUCUGGUGCAGAUGUUGAACGUGAAAGGCGCAGUUCGUCAGUCAAUGAAAUGAGACUGCCUGGUGGGUUCAGAAGAGAGUUCAUACAACAAAAAAAUGCCCAGCGUGAGAAGUUUGGGUACACAGUGGUGAAACCGACUGUUUUCACCAGAAACUUUCUAGAAUUUUUGAGCAUUUACGGUCAUUUUGCAGGAGAAGACUUGGAAGACGAGGACUACAUCGCAUGCAAUUAUGAAGAUGGGAAGCUUUUGACGGAUGAAGAAACGCCAUUAUUGGUUGGAGAUCAAGUUCAAAAGCCAGUAGGUGGAACGGCUUCAACAAUGAAGAGUUUUUUUUUGUUGCUCAAGAGUUUCAUUGGAACUGGUGUGCUGUUUCUGCCAAAGGCAUUUGCCAACGGUGGACUGGUGUAUUGCAUACUAACAUUGCUAUUUUUCGGAGUUUUGUCGUACUGGUGCUAUCUGAUCUUAAUAUUCUCCAAAAACAGAACUGGGGUGUCUUCUUUUGGUGAUAUUGGUCUCAAGCUUUAUGGGAAACCCAUGAAGUUUCUCAUUCUGAUCUCCAUCGUUCUGUCCCAGAUAGGCUUCGUCGCUGCUUACAUCGUGUUCACCGCUGAGAACCUGAGGGCUUUCGCAAGUGGGAUGUUUGGCAUUCAUCUGUCCAUAGGUUCCAUUGUCAUUUUCCAAGGCGUGAUUCUUGGUCCAAUGUCCCUCAUCAGAAACAUCACCAAAUUAUCGCUGGCCGCAUUGGUAUCGAACGUGUUCAUCAUGUUUGGAUUAGUGACCAUCGUCUAUUACUCUGGUGUCCACUUAAUUGAGAACGGAGUUCAGGAUGUUCAAAGAUUCAACAGGGAUUCGUGGUCUCUUUUCAUUGGUGUUGCAAUCUUUGCAUUUGAGGGUAUCGGCUUGAUCAUUCCAGUGGAACAGUCUAUGAAACACCCCGAACAAUUCCCCAAAGUGUUGUUAGCUGUUAUCUGUGUUUGUUCGUCUCUUUUCAUUUGUAUUGGCACGCUGUGCUACUCGAGUUACGGUUCUAAAGUUCAGACCGUGAUCAUCCUCAAUCUACCACAGACUUCAGCUGCAGUCAAGUCAAUCCAGCUGUUCUAUGCUCUCGCCAUCAUGCUGUCGCAACCACUCCAAUUGCUACCAGCGGUGAGAAUAAUCGAGUCUAGAGUCUUCAAGAAAAGACAGAGCGGCAAAGUGGAUUAUACGACGAAAUGGCUCAAGAACGGAUUCCGCAUUUGCUGCGUAGUCCUCACCUGUCUCAUAGCUUAUUUCGGCUCCGACAACUUGGACCAGUUUGUUUCCUUUGUUGGAAGUUUUGCUUGCAUUCCUCUGGUGUACAUGUACCCACCAAUGCUCCACUUCAAAUGUUGUGCCAAGACAUUUUGGAUGAAAUCGCUUGACGUUGCGCUGAUACUACUGGGUGGUGUUGGCCUGGUGUACACGACGUACCAGAUUUUGACCGCAUAA